AUGACGCACUUCACCAUCUCCAUCAUCUCCGACACCGUCUGCCCCUGGUGCUACGUCGGCAAGAAGCGCCUCGAGCGCGCCAUCGCCCAGCACAAGCAAACCCACCCCACCGACACCUUCUCAACGACCUGGCACCCCUUCUACCUCGACCCCACCGCGCCCGUCCCCGGCGAAGACAAACAGCAACGCUACGCGCGCCGCUUCGGCGCCUCCCGCACCGCGCAGAUGCAAGCGCGCCUCGCGCAAAUCGGCGCCGCCGAAGGCAUCCGCUUCCGCUUCGGCGGCCGCACCGGCAACACGCGCGACUCGCACCGGCUGAUCGAGCUGGGGGGGAAGCGAUCCUCUUCUUCCUCUUCACCGGCGCUGCAGACGCGCGUCGUCGAGGAAUUGUUCGCCGCGUAUUUCGAGAACGAGCGGGACAUUACCGAUCGCGGGGUGCUGACGGAGGCGGGGGUGGCGGCGGGGCUGGAUGAGGCGGAGGUGAGGGAGUGGUUGGAGGGGGGCGAGGGCGGGGAGGAGGUCGAUCGGGAGGCGGGGGAGGCGAGGGGCAGGUUUGUGGAGGGGGUGCCGCAUUUUACGGUGAAUGGGAGGUGGGAGGUUGGUGGGGCGGAGGAGGCGGAGGCGUUCUUGGAGGUGUUUGGGGAGGUGAAGGAGGCGGAGGGGAGGUAA